CGACUCUCGCGUUGGUCGUAACGGACGUUCUUUCCGUUUUGCGCUUUUCUCCCACGCUCGAUCGGUCCCAUGGAGGACCGUGGGCCCAGUAAGUGCAGUGCAGUGUCAAAAUAAGAGGACAGAGCGCAGAAACGAUUCAACGGAUCAACAAUGAACGAGAGACGUGUACUCGCGACGCGAACAACGACUCGAUCGAGAUAGGUACUUCGACAUCACGAAUAAGCAAUUCCUUAUACAUGUAUUCGCUUAUUUAUUAUAUGCAUCAUUCGACUCCUUAUGACGUUAAGAUGAAGAAAAAGCCGCAACAGAACUUAUAACGAAUCUGCGUGAUCGAUUUCGAGACGAGUAAUUAAAAUUCGAACGAAUUCGAGAGGUAACCAAGCGCGCGAAAAAGGCGCCAUUUGAAAAAAAAAAAUCGCUGUAUAUUAAAGCGUGCUAAAGAUAGAUUGGCAGUAUUGAAAAAUGAUACGCGUAUAUGUUCAUUCAUAUAUGACGUAUUGCCAGUCAGUUUAAAUGAAACGUAACUUUUAGAAAGGACGACGCGCGUCGUGUAAUUGAUACAGCUGAUCGAGAGGAAGAAUCGCGUUUAAGUAUCGGCUUGUGUCGGCAUUGAUGUUACGCGAAAAGUGAUGAUCGAAAGUUACGUGAGUUACGUCAAGUGGAGGCUUGCUAUUGAAGAAAGCCAUUCGAUCGGCCUUGCAAGUUUAUAAAAGGUUAGUCGAGGAAGAUUGCAAAAUUGCCAAGAAAAAAAAAAGACAGAGAGAGAGAAAGAGAGUAAGAAAGUGUGGCAGAGAGAAAGGGACAGAAACAAGGUUAGGAAUUCUAUUGGGAUGUCGACAUACAGGAGGUGGAUCUUGUGGCCGGCGAGGACGCGUUUUCGACACUUUGCAAAACCGCCGAUGAUCCAUCGCAGCUGAGAUUAUUGAUGAUCGACCGGGCCGAUUGAUCACGUUAUCGCGGAACUUUCUUCCGGUGAUUUGCGCCUCUACGCUUGUAUCUCGAGUUGGCGAACGCGCGAGAGAAAGAGAGGAAUUUCGCUGUCGCUCGGUGUCGUAACGCAGCGCGAAUAACCUGGAAUUAUUCUCGGGAGAUUUGGAAAAGGAACAGCAGCCAUGGACUGGAGGAGGGUCGCACUGGCAUUUUUAGUGAUCACAAUAACGAGGCAUAGCAUCGCACACGCAGCCCAGAUACCUCAACAGUUGCCGACGUCAACUCCAGCGAUAGCGAGCACCGUGCAAAUCGAAUGUGCGAGCGAAUCGAUAAUCGUUCACAUCUCGACGGAGGGCAACACGGACUUCCACGGUCUGGUCUAUCCACGUGGGUUAUCCAAGAACAGCUCCUGCCUGCAGGAGUACAAGAGUCAGCCCGCUCCGAUCACCUACAAUCUGCCUCUCAGAUCCUGCAACACCAUGCCCACUGAAUUGGACGACGGUGGUAUAGAGUACUUUAACACCAUCGUGGUGCAGCCACACCUGAAGCUGGUCACGAACCAGGGCAGAGGUUUUCACGUGAGAUGUAGAUACCAGACUCGCGACAAAGUUGUAACGAACGACCAGACCCAUGUGUCCAUGCUGCAAUCUCUACCGUUGCAGGCGACCGCGCCAAUGCCGGGAUGCACGAUGAAGAUUUUUAGCGGCGAUCCAACGCAGCAUCACGUGGCGGAGAACGUGAAAAUCGGCGAUCCCUUGACCCUGGUCAUUAGCAUCGACAAACAAGAGAUGUUCGGUCUGAAGAUCUCCGACUGUCUGGUCCGCGAUGGUCUCGGAUGGGGUGAACAACGGCUGAUAAACGACGAAGGUUGUCCAGUCGACGGUGAGAUCAUGGGACAGUUUACGUAUAACGAGGACAAGACAGAGGCCAGGGUGAACUUUCAAGCGCACAAGUUCCCGUAUACGGCGAGCGUAUAUUAUCAAUGCAACGUGAGACUCUGUAUUAAGCAUGAUGGAGGAUGCAGUAAUACGCCGCCGUUAUGUAAUUCGAUAGCUAGACGACGUAGGGACACAAUCAACGACAACGAGGUGAAGGGUGUCGAAGGUCUAGACGGCACCCCGGCCACAAUUGAGGUCUACAGCGGUCUAUAUGUCAAUGAAGCCUCGGACAUUAGUUCCAAAUCGGAUUUCUCUGACGACGUCUUUAGAGAAAGGGCUAUCGAUGAUCCAAAUACCAUUUGCAUAUCGCAAAGGAGCUUCGCUAUCGGGAUCGCCAUCGCCGGUCUCAUACUUAUGCUUGCAGUAGUGGCUGCUAUUUUGGUACUGCUCGCAAAGAGACGACAUAAGAGCGUCUCAACUACGGGAUCGUCCAUAUACAGUGGACCAUAUACCAACACUGCCUACAGCCACAGUAGUUAAGUUCGCCUUGUUUAGCGCGGAAUAAGCCUCAAGCCGAAGAUCUGCGAUUUUUCGUGGGAUCUAUAUAUAUCUAUAAUCUACAUACGAAAUCUCAGCGGAUCAUAAGUCCAAUCGAUGAAAAUUAAUUUAGAUUAAGUUACUUUCGACGCGAAGUUGAUUCGACGUGACGACAAUCGAAGCCACUCCGCGCGAUAUAUAGUAAAACGAAACGCGAAUCUCUUGCUCAACUGCCUCCUCUGCCCACUUCUUAAUUCUAUGUUUCAUGAUAUUCUCAGCUAACAAUGGCGGUGCUUCGAGAUAUCUGAGGAAUUAACAAUAGUUAGAUUUUAAAUAUUUAGCUUUUCCAUCUUUCUUCCUUUAUACCAUUUAUACAACCUUUUUUCGAGAAACUUUUACAACAGAGAAUUUCGAUAAUUCAUGAAUCUUUAACGAAGAUUUAUAUCCAGAUUUAGAAUGAUGCAAUAUUUGAAUAUGUAAAUAAACUACAUAUA